AUGCAGCCGCCGUGGGAGAGCCCGGCCCUGGCCCGGGUGGCGGCCGUGAUGGUGGCGGACGGCGCCCUGCGCCGCAGCCCCAGCCCGCGCGAGCCGCGGCUGCGGGACCUGCCAGCUCUGCUGCGGAGCGGGCUCAUCCUGCGGAGGAAGCGCGGCGCGGCUGGGGGCCAGAUGCACCUGACAGUCCAAGCGCGCCUGGAUUCUCGCUGCGCGACCGUGAACAUCUCCCGAAGAAGGGCCGUUUGCCUGUCCCCAGAGGGGGAGCUGCAGAUUUUCGGUGCCUAUUGGCGGGCCCUGUCCGACAGCGAGCCCAAGGCCCCACGCGUGGGACCUCAGUUUGCAGGAGGCUUGAGAGGAGCUGCAGGAACUGGAAGGCAAAGGCAAAGCUCUGAGGCCCAUGUCCUGAGGUCAGAGAGCAGAGGAGCUCCAGGCAGUACCAGGAGUAAAGGCAUCAUGCUCAUGGUCGAGAUGAGUGAGCUGAGCAAGCCAAGCAAGCCCGAGGAAGACCUCCAGGACCCAGGCGAGGCCCAGGGCACGGUAGAGGCGCAGCUGUUGGGGGCUGAGGCAGGAGAGGCUGCAUCUGCCUCGGCCUCGUGA